AUGCAGCAACCAGAAGGUUUCGCUUCUGCCAAUUCUCAUCUCGUUUAUAAACUGAAGAAGUCUAUCUAUGGGCUCAAGCAGGCACCAAGAGCCUGGUUUUCCAAGCUUGCAUCUAGUCUGAUUUCUUUUGGGUUUAAGCCAACUAGGUGUGAUACAUCUCUGUUUGUGCAUGCUACACCAAAAUUUAUCACCUACAUUCUGGUUUAUGUUAAUGAUAUCAUUAUAACAGGCAGCUCCACCUCUGCAGUCCAAUAUGUGAUUUCUAAACUUCACUCUCUGUAUCCUCUCAAAGACCUAGACACCUUACAUUUCUUUCUAGGCAUCGAAGCCAAAUACACCACUACUGGGGCUCUUCUCCUAUCUCAAUCCAAAUAUAUCACUGAUAUUUUAACCAAAGCCAAUAUGCAUAAUGCCAAACCCAUAAAGACUCAUCUUGCCCUUGGUUCAAAACUGCAUAUGGAUGGUACAAAUGCCUUUUCUGACCCAACUCUCUACAAAUAUGUAGUUGGAGCCCAACAAUAUGCCACCAUCAUUCGUCCAGAUAUAGCUUAUGCAGUAAAUAAGCUUUGUCAGUUUAUGCACAACCCUCUUGAAAGUCAUUGGAAAGCCACAAAUCGUGUACUCAGAUAUCUCAAUGGCACAAUUGAUCAUGGUUUAGCUUUUUAUCCUUCCCAGCAUCUCUUCAUCACUGGCUAUAGUGAUUCAGAUUGGGCUGACUCAUUUGACAUGCGGUUUACCUCAGGCUUCUGUGUUUAUUUAGGAAACAAUCUUGUGUCAUGGCUUGCAAAGAAGCAACAAUCAGUCUCUAGGUCUAGCACUGAGGUAGAAUUCAGAAGUUUAGCAGCUCUAGUUGCUGAAAUUAAAUGGCUUCAGUCUCUCCUUACAGAAUUGCAUAAUGUUCAAACAAAGCCUCCUUUGUUGUGGUGUGAUAAUCAAGGUGCAGUGAUGAUAACAGCUAAUCCAGUUUUGCACUCCAAAUCCAAACACUUUGAAUUAGAUCUUUGGUUUGUUCGUGAAAAGGCUGCCAAUGGUGAAAUAAUUGUCAAGCACAUCCCCUCCCAGUUUCAAGUAGCUGAUCUGCUCACCAAGGCUCCUUCAAGCAAUACCUUUUUAAGUCUUCGACCAAAACUGAAUGUUCAUCAACUACCCACACUCAGUUUGCAGGGGGAUGUAAAGGAUAGAGGAAAAUAA